AUGGAUCAACCCAUCUCCGAAAUAUUCUCGGAGUUUGAACGAAGGAUCGCAGUUUAUGAGUCUGAAAUCUCGCGUCUAAAGAAGGAAAACUAUCGACAGAGGAAACUGCUGGACGCCGUUUAUAAGCCUGAAGUACGGAUAUACAAAUCAGACCUCCAGUUGCUCUUAGUUUCUGAAGACGAGGUUCCCUCUGUGAAGCAGGAGUGGAGCCCCAGUCAGGACCAGGAGCAGCCAGAGCCCCCACAUUUUAAAGAGGAAGAGGAGAAACUCUGGAGCAGUCAGGAGGAUGAGCAGCUUCAACGACAGGAGGAGAAGGCUGACAUUACCAAACUGUCAUUCCCCCCUUUACCUGGGAGGAAUGAAAGUGAUGAAGAGAAUGUUCAGUCCUCUCAGCUUUAUCAAAGCCAGACUGAGGAGAAAAGAGAGGGAGAUCCUCCAGCCAGCACCUCAACUGAGCAGAUGAAACCAAAACCUGAUGGGGUUGACUGUGGACCUUCAGAACCAACCGGUAACCUCGAACAAGAUGGUGAUUUACAGCCAACUAGUGAUGGACCUCUCUCUUCAGACUGUUGUGAAGGUGAGACUGAAGACAAUGAUGAUGGUCGAAACAAGACUAGAAAAUCUCAGUCAGGUUUGGACACAACAGAGAACAAUGAAAACAGUAAUCAGAGAUCUUCUGAGAAUAAAGCCAUCAGUUGCCCAGUCUGUGGUAAAAGAUUUACUAGAAAAGGAACUCUGCAGAGACACAUGAUAAUACAUACAGGAAAGAAACCAUUCAGUUGCUCAUUCUGUGGUAAAGGAUUUACUAGAAGAGGAACUAUCAAGGCACACAUGAGAAUACAUACAGGAAAGAAACCUUUCACUUGCUCAGUCUGUGGUAAAGCAUUUUCUGAAAGAGGGACUAUGCAGAGACAUAUGAGAAUACAUACAGGAGAGAAACCCUUCAGUUGCUCAGUCUGUGGUAAAGGGUUUUCUGAAAGAGGAACUAUGCAGAGACACAUAAGAAUACACACAGGAGAGAAACCUUUCAGUUGCUCAGCCUGUGGUAAAGGAUUCGCUAGAAGAGGAACUCUGCAGAGACACAUGAUAAUACAUACAGGAAUGAAACCUUUCAGUUGCUCAUACUGUGGUAAAGGAUUUGCUAGAAGAGGAAAUAUGAAGGCACACAUGAGAAUACAUACAGGAAAGAAACCCUUCAGUUGCUCAGUCUGUGGUAGAGCAUUUUCUGAAAGAGGAACUAUGCAGAGACAUAUGAGAAUACAUACAGGAGAGAAACCCUUCAGUUGCUCAGUCUGUGGUAAAGGGUUUUCUGAAAGAGGAACCAUGCAGAGACACAUAAGAAAACAUGCAGGAGAGAAACCCUUCAGUUGCUCAGUCUGUGGUAAAGGGUUUUCUGAGAGAGGAACUAUGCAGAAACACAUGAAAAUACACACAGGAGAGAAACCCUUCAGUUGCUCAGUCUGUGGUAAAGGGUUUUAUGAAAGAGGAACUACCCGGCGACACAUGAGAAUACAUACAGGAGAGCUACCCUUCAGUUGCCCUGUCUGUGGUAAAGGCUUUUCUCAAAGAGGAAAUAUGCAGAGACACAUGAAGAUGCAUACAGAAGAUGGGAUAGGAAUAUGAAGGGGGUUAGGGACCAGUAAAGUUCCUCACCAGGCACGUCUUAAAGUUUAAAACUACUCUGAGAUGAUUAAUAUAUUGUUUAACAUGGUUUUCCUACAUAAAAACAAAAAUGAAAAGGGGCUGAAAGGACAUCUACUCUCCUCAUUGAGAAAUUCAGGAUCUAUGAAUAUGCAAAGAUCACAAGCCUCACACCCCACCCACAAUCACUGCUUGCUCUAAGUUGACCAGUGAAAGAUUGGUGUGCAUCAUGAUGGCUAGCAUUAGAGCAAACAUCGGAGAAUCAGCCACACAUAUUUGAGCCUCAGUCAGACUCAGGCUCUGGUUGUGCCCCACAAUUGGGGACUAGCACACAUAAAAGAAUGGUGAGUGUAGUUAGCAUCUUUUAUUUGUUUAUUUCGUUUGUUAGCUUGUAACAGGCAGUGGCUGACAAAGCAGUGGUUGUAAAAUAUACAAUAUCUGUUACGAUGUUACAGUGUUUUCACCGUCUUACAUUGUUAUUAAUAAUACAUAAUAAAAAACUUCA